GCCGCCAUGUUGGCAGAGGGCGGAACUUGUCCCGGGCGGCGCAGGCCGCUGCCGUGUCCGUGGGAUGAGCCAGCUGCCGUCCGGCGCCGUGCUGGCACUCAUGGGGCUGCUGUUCACCAGGACCAUGGCCUGGACAUCCAGCGGGAAAACGCACGCGGAGCUGGUCAACAACCUCUACAAAAAAGGGAUCAUUAAGUCUCAGCGAGUUUUCGAUGUGCUGUUGGCUACAGACAGAGGUCACUACAUCAAGUAUUUCCCGUACAUGGAUUCUCCUCAAUCCAUCGGCUACAAGGCUACCAUCAGUGCCCCUCACAUGCAUGCCCACGCGCUGGAGCUGCUCAAGGAUCAGCUGGUGGAAGGUGCCAAGGCGCUGGAUGUGGGAUCUGGGAGCGGAUACCUGACCGCGUGCUUUGCCAGGAUGAUUGGCCCCACAGGAAAAGCUGUGGGUGUGGAGCACAUCAAGGAGCUGGUGCGCGAAUCCAUCCGGAACGUCCAAGAGGAUGAUCCGACGCUGCUCAGCUCCGGCCGUGUGAAGCUUGUGGUUGGAGACGGCAGGCAGGGAUAUCCCGAGGAGGCUCCUUACGAUGCGAUCCAUGUGGGAGCGGCCGCAGCCACCGUCCCCAGAGAGCUGCUGAAGGAGCUGAAGCCGGGUGGGCGGUUGAUCGUGCCCGUGGGGCCCGAGGGAGCAAACCAGGUGCUGAUGCAGUAUGACAAGACCAGCGACGGGCACAUCGUCGAGACCCAGCUCAUGGGCGUCAUCUACGUCCCUCUCACAGACAAGGAAAAGCAGUGGCCUCGGGAUGACCUCUGACACAUGGAUGGAUAUCUCUAAAGGCACCUCAGAAAGCUCAUGAGAGGGACUUAGGCCUGUAGAUGGUCAGUAUGGUUUUGCUUUUUAAUGGAAAUUUCAUCAAUGGAUAAAGGGAAAUCCUGCUUCGGAGGAGCUCGUUCUGGAGGGAUGGAGAACAGGGACAAGACCAGGGGAGGCUCUUGGAGGCUAUGGCAGCUUCCAGGGAGUGGAUCCAGACAACUCCAGCUAUCCUCUGAUAAACUCUAGAUAACAUCAGUUCACAGAGAAUUCUGAAAGCAGACAGGAAUACCUAAAGCUUCACUAAAACCACUUUAAUAUCGACUACUCUGCCUAAUGCUUGGCAAAAAUAAGUCGCAAUUAGUGUCUCGGAGCAGCAAUGUACCCUGAUUUGUCAUUGUUUUUAAACAUGGGAGCGUGUCCUCUCCUGCCUGCACCAACUAAUUUAAUCAUGGGCAGCAACAUUGGAUUGUAAUGUUAUGAAAGAUGCACGUUUCCUGGAGUGUUUUUUUUUUCUAUUUGGAGUUUUGAAAAACGAUCAUUUCUGGACUUUUCCCUCUUUGGGAUUAUAAAAUAUGUUCAUUUCUUGGC